CAUCUUCUUCGUACCCUCUGCGUUUUCCUGGAUUUCCUUAUCCAGCACAUGUAAAUGGGAGCAAAUUGAUAUUGAAAAAAAAAGUUGGCUUCGUUCGGAGCGAUUCCAAACCUAUUGUCCAUAUCAUGAUUAUCGAUACUGUCGUUAAUUUUCGCCUGUUGGUGAGUAUGUUUUGUCAUGAUACUGUGAGAUGAAAUUUGAUAAGAUACACCCUUUAAGCUUAAACGCACAGUUGGUUGUGUUUCUUGCAUGAAUAUCCUAAUGAAAACAAUUACAGUAAAACUAACGUCCAGUUGUGAUCAAAUCGUCGCACAUUCGUUGACUUCAAGUGCUCGUGAUGCAUUCCUGCUCUGUCGUUCAGUCGAAUUAAGCUCAUCUCAUGCUUUCAGCCGAGACAUGUAUCGAGCUCUUGCGAUCGGCAGAGAUAUUCUCAAGCCUAUCGUACUCACCUUCAGCUUUUGGAUUCGAAACGAUUGAACUCAUUUUUAAAUUAACUCUUCUCCAAGUAGGUCAAUCUACUGGACUUGGUAACGUAGCCGAACAAUGGUGAAGCUCUCUUUUACAACGGCAGUGACGGCAAGUCUAUCACUGCACCAAAGUUUGGCGACAAGAAU